AUUGAUCGGCUGUGUUCCUAUUUCUCCCCCACCCCCCCUUGAUUGACAACCAGUGGACGAAGGACAGUUGGUGGAAAAUUGCAAUUUCUGCUGUCCGAAUGGUUUUCGGGUGAUAUUGUCACCGGCGUUGAGACAUUGGACUGAGCAGAUCCUCCGUAGGAUCUAUGGGGAAACCGCAAUUUUAGCGUCAAUCGGAUUUGAACGGCCACCGUCUACAACAUGGCCAAAGAGCCAAAUGGCAUACCGGAUGCUGGGCUGAGAAGCCUCAAUCAUUAUCGCAAUCAGCUCCCAUCCUGGCGGUAUUGGCCGCGACAGAAACUGCUCCCGUUAGUUCGAUAUGAGACGCCAUAUCUCGCUUGGUUGCAGGAAAAGGUCCGCACUCCGGCCCUAGACUCCUACUUCGCAUUUACGGCCAAUCUCGGAACUCACACGUUUUUCAUGGUCUUCUUGCCGAUACUGUUCUGGAAUGGGUAUACAAGCUUAGGCCAUGGUAUGGUCAAUCUUCUGGCUUCUGGCGUCUUCUUUAGCGGUUUUAUCAAAGACUUGCUGUGCCUCCCGCGCCCGCUAUCGCCUCCUCUACAACGGAUUACCAUGUCCGGCUCCGCUGCGUUGGAGUAUGGGUUUCCCUCGACUCACUCGACCAACGCGGUCUCAGUCGCCGUGUAUGCGCUUGCCCUAUUAAACAUGCCCGAUUCGUCCUUGAGCCCAGCUGUCAAUGUGUUCCUGCAAGGGAUCACCUACCUCUACGUUACCUCGAUUGUGUUUGGCCGGCUGUACUGUGGUAUGCAUGGCUUCUUCGAUGUGGUCAUUGGCUGCUUGCUAGGCGCCUUACUGGCAGUGGUGCAAUAUGCAUACGGCACCGUCUUCGACGAGUUUGUGGUCUCGGCUAGUGGGAAACAGAUCAUACUGGUGGUGUUGGUGAUCCUCGCGCUUGUCCGCCUUCAUCCAGAGCCCGCCGAUGAUUGUCCCUGUUUCGAUGAUAGUGUUGCCUUUGCGGGUGUGAUACUUGGAUUGAAAGUGGCUUACUGGCACGUAGCGAAAACUAGUAUCACAUGGGAUGACCCCGUCCCAGCCACCGUUCCAUAUAGGCUUGAUGAAUUAGGAGUGUUCAAGACAGUUUUGCGCCUCAUUCUGGGGGUGACGUUGAUUGUCGUGUGGAGGGAAGUUAUGAAGCCCUCUCUUCUCCGGUUGCUUCCCCCGGUCUUUCGUGGGCUGGAAAAGUUGGGUCUGUUGCUUCCCCGAAGGUUUUUCACAGCAGCAUCGAAAUACACCAAAGUUCCCACGCAACUCAAGGACCAUGAAGUGUUCCCCACUUUCUCCGAGAUCCCAUCAAUCUUCUCGACCAUUCGCCAUCCCCGACAACGAGCGAUCUCUAUCGGCCCCCAAUCAGAGGCUGAUGCCUACGAAACGCUGGCUUAUCGGGAAAAGCGCCGACGGGAGAGUCUGUCGAAUAGCAGCCGAACGUCCCCCCUCCCUGAGGUGGGCCACCAACAAAACGCCCCCGAGGGACAGUACCCUCCGCUGUCCCGGAAACGCUCGAAACUACACGAAUAUGAAAAUAUGAUGGGAACGGGUAGCCCCCGUAUGGCAACCGGUGUCAACGGUGGGGAGAUACCAUCAUCGACUGAGCCAUUCCCCGACCUAGUGCCCGACCCGGAGCCUGACGAAGAAGAGAUGUUUGCGCGAAUUAAGAGACCGCGUGUACGAUACGAUGUGGAAGUGGUUACGAAGUUGGUGGUAUAUUCCGGAAUUGCCUGGAUUGUCAUGGAGGCAGCACCUUUUGUCUUCGCCAAAGUCGGUCUUGCGCCGAACUAAUGUCGCACGAGAAUCAGAAGGAGAGGAGAGGAUGAUUCAGCUGGCUGAAUGUCAUGAGUCAUUUCUAUUUCUGUACCAUAGCUGGGCAUCUAUUGUACAUAUAUGACCUUGAUGCGUUAUGUAACUUUAUUUUCUUUCCUCUUACCAUUUUCUUUUUUCUCAUGUCUAUUUCUAUUUUAGUAACCACUUACCAGUCUGGGUGUUAAUAAACUCCAUGCACAUUGGAAUUGACCAGUAAUUAGUCUAGAUUUCUAAUAGAAAAGCCCGGUACGCAGCAAGCCGC